UCUGUAAGCUCACAACAGCCGCUUCUCAACACUGUUGUCACUUUCCGUGCCCAAACGAAGCAUCCGCUGCACGGGCGGCGCCGCAGCAUGGCUCGCUUACACCCGGCGCUAUCCGCCGCCGUGCUCCUUCUCGCCGUCACCACCGGCUGCCGCGGCUUCCAGAUCGAGGAGGCCACCCUCGACGCCAUCCGCCAGGGCUUCAGCAACGGCAGCCUGACAUCCGCGGCGCUCGUCGGGCACUACCUGGACCGCAUCGCCCGCCUCAACCCUCUCCUCCGCGCCGUCAUCGAGGUCAACCCCGACGCGCUCCGGCUCGCCGCACGCGCGGACGCCGAGCGGUCGUCGUCUUGCCGGCGCCGCGGCGGCGGCGCGCUGCACGGCGUGCCCGUCCUGCUCAAGGACAACAUCGGCACCCGCGACCGGCUGAACACGACGGCCGGGUCGCUGGCGCUGCUGGGGUCCGCGGUGGCGCGCGAUGCCGGCGUGGUGGCGAGGCUGCGGCGCGCCGGCGCCGUGGUGCUCGGCAAGGCCAACAUGGAAGAGUGGGCCAACUUCCGCAGCGUGGAGGGCUCCGGCGGCUGGAGCGCGCGCGGCGGCGAGGGACGGAAUCCGUACGUGCUGUCGGCGGAUCCAUGCGGGUCGAGCACCGGAUCGGCGAUUGCCGCGGCGGCGAACAUGGCGGCGGUGACGCUCGGGUCAGAAACCGACGGCUCCAUACUCUGCCCGGCGUCCUACAACUCGGUGGUCGGGAUCAAGCCAACGGUCGGAUUGACCAGCCGGGCUGGAGUUAUCCCCAUUUCCCCGAGGCAAGACACUAUUGGGCCAAUAUGCCGCACUGUUGCUGAUGCUGUAGAAGUGCUGGAUGCUAUUGUUGGUUACGAUGCUCGUGAUUCAAAAGCGACAAGAGCAGCGUCAAAGCACAUUCCUCCUGGUGGAUAUAUGCAGUUCCUGAAAAUAGAUGGGUUAAAUGGUAAGAGAAUUGGCAUUCCCAAUGGAUUUUCAAAUGGGAUGGAUCAGCAGAUUAUUUUUCAGCAACACUUAGACACAAUGAGGAAGCAUGGCGCAAUCUUGAUAGAGAACAUAGAAAUACCCAAUUUGAGUGUCAUAUUGGAUAUGUUUAUCAAUGGCGAAUUGAUUGCACUACCAGCAGAGUUCAAGCUAAGCCUAAAUGCUUAUUUGUCAGACUUAUCCAAGUCUCCAGUUCGUUCCCUCACAGAGAUAAUAGAAUUUAACAAUGAACAUCCCAUUGAGGAAAAGCUAAAAGAAGUUGGGCAGCUCAUCUUCCUUGUAGCUGAGAAUACUACCGGCAUUGGUGCCCCUGAAAGAGCAGCAAUCCAACAGCUAAACAUGCUGUCAUCUGACGGAUUGGAGAGGCUGAUGAAGGAGCAACAGUUGGACGCUAUCGUGGCGCCUAAUGUCAGUGUAGCUGAUGUUCUCGCCAUCAGUGGCUUGCCAGGGAUCACUGUGCCUGCUGGGUACAGCAAGACAGGAGUCCCAUUUGGUAUUUGCUUUGGUGGCUUGAAGGGCUAUGAGCCAAGGCUAAUACAGAUAGCCUAUGCGUUUGAACAAGCUACCAGAGUACGGAAGAUUCCCACGUUCAUGCCAUAGUAGUACUAAAAAGGACAGUUACUUCGUUAUCGUUGUAUUGUAGAUCAUGACAUGAUAUUUAAAUAAUCAUCAGGAUGCCAUCAAGCUGAAAAUCAUGCAAAUAUUCAUCCACAAA